AUGGCUGAAAAAUGCAUCCAAGAUCUAAUCGACUACCUAAGAGGUCCUUGUAAAUGGUAUAUUUACAGAAGUUAUCGUGAUUAUAUCGCAACAACCUUGGAACUGUAUUUGAAAGAUUUAGAGUUCAAGAAAUCUAUUGUUUCUGAAAAGUAUUCUCAAGAAGAUAUCAUUUCUCGUACAAAGAACCAAUUAGAAGAAGAAAGAGUGAGAGUAUUGAAAGCAGAAGAGGAUUUCAACAAAGCUAAGCAAGAAAUUGAUCAAUUACGCAAGCAAAAAGAAAAACUCCGCAGUUUUCUUUCUGUCCUUUUGAAGUUUGCCAAAGAUAAUCAAGACUCUUUGAAUGGCUACUUGUUCCGUCAUGGUAUUCAGUUCGACAAUUUUAGAUCAUUCACUCAAUUUAUGGAAAAGUUGACUAUUGAAGCAAUUGAAGAAGAAGAAGAAGAACUUGCAUUAUUAACCGAGCAAUUGGAACAACUAAGAUUUAUUGAAGAAGAAGAAGGCCCCACCAUUGAAGAAGAAAGACCUCACGAUGAAGAAGAACGUCAAGAUAGAAACCCCAGAAAGGAUUGA